CAGAGGGGGCUGCCGCGGGCGGGCCCCGGGCGGGCGGCAGAUGGCGGCACCGCUCGGUCGGCGCGCGGCGCCGUCGGCCGCCGGGGCCGGGCUCGGGCGGCGGAUGCGGCUGCCCCCGGAGGCCGCGGGCGCGCCGCGCGGCCUGUGCCGCGUGGCGCCGCGGAGGCGCGGCUGCAGUUCCUCCGCCAGGCCGCUGGACGAGUCUGUGGUGCAGGCUGGGUAGUCCCGCGGCGCAGGCCCUGCUGGACGCGGAGAUUAUGCACUUCGCAAGGGCGAAGCUCCACCCGAUCACCCUGCGGGACAUCCUCGGGCAGAAGGACGUGGCUGGAUUUCGCGAGUUUCUCCUGGAGGAGCUGCCGAUCCGCUACGCGAGGAGGCUGCAUCUGCUCGAGGCGCGUGGCACCCAAGGACUUCCCGCACCUGAAGGUCAUCCGGUCCCUCUACGCCGACGCGUUCCGGCGACUGCGCGUGAUCCCGCUUGCGGACGAGGAGCGAUUCAGGGCGACGCUCGGCAACAUCAAGAGGAGAAACUCCAACAUGUUGCCUCACGUUGUCAGGGGGACGCGCGCCAUGAAGAAG